AUGGAGGACUUCAACAGUGAGACUGAUAGCGACUACACGAGCUACUGGCGGGAUUGGCUCAGGAAUCCAUCAUGGACUUUACAGCUGCUCCUCGAAGCAUCUUCGACGCUUUUUACCAGGCUCCGUCUGGAAACACCCCUGACUGCUUUGCUGGAAAACUCCAAGAGGCAUCUUUGGCUUUUCAUUCCUCAUAAAGUGAACAAGAGUGGUGCUAAUCUUUCUUUCUUUCAACAGUUCAUUUCCUCUAGGGGAAACGAAUACUUCUGUGAGAUCGACGAAGAUUAUCUCACUGAUCGCUUCAACCUGACUGGUCUCAAUACCGAGGUGCAGUAUUAUCAGUAUGCGCUGGACCUCAUCACCGAUGUCUUCGAUCUCGACGCGGAUGACGAGCUGCGCGAGCAGAUCGAGAAAUCGGCUCGUCAUCUCUAUGGCCUAGUGCAUGCGCGUUAUAUUGUUACCACUCGUGGAUUGGCGAAAAUGGUCGAGAAGUACAAGAAAGCAGACUUCGGCAGAUGCCCUCGCGUAUUGUGUGACUCGCACCCACUGCUCCCCAUGGGACUGUCCGAUGUUCCCAACCAAAAGACCGUCAAACUCUACUGUGCCAAAUGCGAGGAUAUAUACAAUCCCAAAUCGUCGCGUCAUGCCUCGAUCGAUGGAGCCUACUUUGGCACCUCUUUCCACAACAUCCUUUUCCAAGUUUAUCCUUCGCUUGUUCCGGAAAAGAGCAUUCGUCGCUACGAGCCUAAAAUUUACGGCUUCAAAGUGCAUGCUUGCGCCGCCCUUGCUCGCUGGCAGGAUGCCCGUCGCGAAGAGAUGAAGGAGCGCCUUCGCGCCGCCAACGUCGAUCCUGGCUUCGUCGAGGACAGCGAAGGUGAAGAUGACGAGUUUGAAGACGAUGACGACGAUAAGGAAUCCGUCUCCAAGGAAGCCGCGGCCACCGGUGACGCUGCCUCUGGCCGCAUGGACUUGGGCGCCUGA